ACGAGCGCGGCACUAGCGGCCGCAGCUUCCAGCGUACUCCGCCGCCGUCCCCACCCUUCGACUGGCUCACCCCCAUUAUCGGAUACGGAAUGUCUUCAGCUUCAACAUCGCUCGGAUUGGAUGAAAAUUACGCAAUUUUGACCAAUACGACGCAUGCUGAAAAGUUACAAUGGAUGUUGCAAUGGAUUUUUCCUUUCUUGUAGUGAGGAGCUCACCAUAGUCAAAGAGUGCCCGCUGCCGUGAUGGAGAACAGGUUCAUCCCGCAGGCGAUUGAGAUCGUGACGGAGGCCAUUAAGGAGGACAACAGCAAGAACUACCAGGAGGCCUUUCGCCUGUACAAGAAGGCGCUGGAGCACUUCAUGAUCGGCGUCAAGUACGAGAAGAACCCGACGUCGAAGGAGAUUAUCAUGAAGAGAGUGGAGGGCUACAUGACACGCGCGGAACAGCUGCGGGGGAUGCUGGAAAAGGAGACAGCGCCCAAGCCUGUGGCAGCUGUAGUAGACAUGGAUAAAGGCGAUAAGGAAGAUGACGAUGAGACGGAUGCGGAAACAGCCAAACUGCGCGGCUCGCUGGCCUCGGCGGUCGUGUCAGAGAAGCCAAAUGUUAAAUGGGACGACGUUGCUGGACUGGAUGCUGCGAAGGAGGCACUGAAAGAGGCAGUCAUUUUGCCUGCACGUUUCCCGCAGCUCUUCACGGGGAAGCGGCGUCCAUGGAAGGGAAUUCUGCUGUAUGGGCCGCCAGGUACGGGUAAGUCGUAUCUUGCCCAGGCCGUCGCAACAGAAGCAGACGCCACGUUCUUCUCCGUCUCAUCUUCUAGCUUGGUGUCGAAGUGGCAAGGCGAAAGCGAAAAAUUGGUUAAGAACCUCUUCGAAAUGGCGCGUGAGAAGAAGCCUGCCAUCAUUUUCAUAGAUGAAAUCGACUCGCUGUGCUCGAGUAGAUCCGAAGGUGAAAGCGACUCGACGCGCCGUAUCAAGAAUGAAUUUCUCGUUCAGAUGCAAGGCAUAGGCAACAAACAUGACGGCGUUCUGGUGCUCGGAGCUACUAACGUACCAUGGGAACUUGAUCCAGCAAUGAGACGACGAUUCGAGAAGCGCAUAUACAUCCCACUCCCUGAUAUCGAAGCGAGGAAGGUGAUGCUCGGGAUCCACUUGGGCGACACGCCGAACGAGCUGAGUGAUUCCAACUUCACGGCGAUCGCAGAGAAAACAGAAGGGUACGAUAACACUUUUCUUCACCGUAAUGGUCGAGAUAUUCUUUGAGUCUGAUGUUAUUUUCUGUCGUGUCCUUAGCUGUUCUGGUUCAGAUAUCUCGGUGCUUGUCCGAGAUGCGCUAAUGGAACCUCUCCGAAAAUGUCAACAAGCUCAGUUUUUUACUCCGGUGGGGCUGAUGACUUAUCGCCGGUACACGUGCGUCGCGGUGUUCUGACAUUACCUUCUUUUGUUUCCUUCUAUGUUUCAGUGUGAUGAUAAGGCACACCCUGUUCGCAAUGGUCCAUUCUUGACACCUUGCGAAGAUGACCCUCCAUGCGCAUACUGCCACAUGAAGCUCUCUACAUGCCGCCCGAAGUGCCCGGAAUGUAAAGCCCCGUGCCAACGAUGCGGAGCUCUGCGCAUGCGGCUAUACGACCUGCCAGAGCGUGGCUACUCUGAUGAAAAGCUGCGACCACCGAUGAUCUCGAUGGUGAGAAUUUGUGUUCGUUCACUUUCAGUUUGGUUUUGCUUGCUGACUCGUGCAUUUUACUCGCGCACCAGAGCGACUUUACACGUGUGUUGGAGCACUCAACAGCAACAGUUGCCUCUGACGAACUCAACCGCUUCGUGAAGUGGACGCAGGAGUUCGGACAAGAAGGCUAGAUCAACACAUUAGACAGAUGAUUCCGUCACAUUUAUCUCUCCAAGACCGUGUCAAUAUACUACCUCGUUGACAGCUUA